AGUGUACGUCUUGUCGAGCAUAUGUGUGUAGGUAGUAGUAAUGUCGUCCGCUCGACUUACUUAACGCGUGUAGGCUGGUUGCUUUUUGUGUUACUCCGUGUUUUACACGCCUUUAUUAUCGCUAUAUUUGUCGCUUGUUUAUUAAGUUCCAACAUGUCCACUGUCCGCACUACACUAUACACUGGUCACUGGCUUUCCGCCAACUCCACACCUCGCACUACAUACUGAGUGUACGGACUCCGUGUAAACGUAUCACACUGUCCCCACACAGGUUGUCACACAGCAUUCCUGCUACAUUCCGGCCCUUGUGUCUGUGUGUGUUGCGCUGCUGGAGUCACCAGUUUCCAAUUAUUCCAUAUAUGGUAAUGUCUCAAAAUAGGUGACUCUCACGGUGUGACCCGUAUCGUGCAAGUUGCGUGUCCUUGCGUUCUCUUUACCAGCUAACGUCACUUUUGCUGUUCGCUUUGUAUUGGUUGUGUGUGUCACGUGUGGUGCAGGGUUAUAUUGUGAUGUCACGUGGUGUGACGUCACACUGCUGUACAUUGUGUUUUAGUGACGUAAGCUUGUUAAAAACAAUGCCUUUGCUGGGAGCAUAAAACAUUCUUUUUUAGUUGUCUGAAAGUAAGAGCAAAAUAUAAUACUCACUUUACACGUAUUAUAGUGUAUACUUGUAUAAGUGGACUGCAAAGUAAAGCUCUUUCGCAAGAUCUUUAUUAUUUCUGCUUACGUAAACAACUUUGGUAGGAUGCUAAAUACAUAUUUUUGUUACAUUAGUACAUAUUUUAGUUAUUUAGGUACUUGAUACAGUAUCCAAAUAGGUGCACGGCAUACGUGCGAGCAGGUUUCAGAAAAUAGCAUUAAUCAUUAUCCGCACAUAGUACACACAUAAUUAUAGUGGACACAUUCAUGUCCACUAUAUAAAUUAGCGUCUCAUGUUCUAAAUUUACAGCUGCAUUAUUACAUGUACUAAGUUAGUGCACUGCUAUCCCAUAACAUCACUCAUUUGCUGCACGUGCAAAAUACCAGCUUUACAAAUUUACUCCACGUGCAAGCGACAAAACACGUGAGGCUACCAUAGCAACGAUCCACAAUGCUUACAGAGUACUGCAAUUUUCGAAACGAAAUACAAUUUGAAGUAAACUCAGCCCAUUUGUCGCAGUAAUAACUGGACGGUUUUUGUGCAAGAUAGUUAGUGUUGAAUAGUUUGCUAGUGAGGUGCACAUCGUUGUCAUUGUCAGAUGUUACACUUCAAAACCGUCACACAUUUGUGUUUACAGUGUGACAGGAUACAUUUUAUACUGUCACACCACGGUAGUUGUGAGUUGUGACGUCACCCGCCGCCAAGUGUGACGUAACACUACGCCAAGUUGUGAUUUAAUGUAUUCAUUUAUCAUUUAUUGGUUAUAUUAAAGUCACUAUUGUGACGGUACAUUAGAACUAGACAGAAACAAAGUGUGAAGGGCCUGAACGGAACCACCUCGGUUUCAGUUCCUUGUUUAACACUGCCGUACAGCAAGGACAUCCACCGGGUUCUCUCUAAAUUGUCAUAAGAUCAAAUAGAUACUGUACAUAAAGUUGGGUUAAAACUGUGUUUCUAUUCCAGUAAUCUCACACUUGCACUCAAGAGUAAAACUGUUUGUAAUUUAAGUGACUGGUUCUUUAUUGACCUGACAACCCUUUAACCAGGGGGCACACGCUAUGAUAAGAUGACGAGUGCAGUUGCUUCAGCUCCUAUCAAAGUAGAACUGAUAGAAGAUUGCUCCUUUAUAAAGGAUACCGAUGAUAAGAAGGAAACAGAGAAGGUACAGGUGAAGCAGACUGAUGUUCCAGUAUCCAGCAGCGGGAAGAAUAAAGCAACCAGGCCAGUGUUGCCGGAGCUAGUGAUAGCGGAUACUGAACUCUUUGUAAAGACACUGUCCGAUGUUGUAUCUGAUGUUCUCUCACAACCGAGCUUGAAUUCUCCUACCAAACGUGCUCCUUCAUCAACACAGGAGAAUUCUACAGAGUCUAAGUCUGGCCAGGGCACAAAGUUCAAAGUAAUUGGAACGAGGUUGAGGAAUAGAGCGGAGAGAACGGUGACUGACAGGAGUUACAUAACCACUCCUCCACGUGCCAAGAGAACUUGCUACAAAACCCCCUCUCCCUCCCCCUCUCCUGCUUCCACCUCCUCCUCGGACCCCAUCACUACAAGCCCCAGCUCUUCCGACCCACAACGAGUCCCCUCAUGUGACCCCCUCCUACCUGGAUCACAUGACCAUAACCCCUCAUUCUUCUCUGACCCUCUACAAGUAGGAAGCUCAGAUCCUACAGACUCAACCUCUCCUCUAUCUCGUCCCUCCAGCACGGAACCAAAUGUGAAGCAGGCUCUGAGAGCUAAGAUACACAGCAGGACAAUGUCACCUGAUUGUCAUGCUGAGAGUAUUAGACAGAGUCAGCUGCUUUCUGCCAGUCAAGUUAAGGUGGACCCGGAGAACUUGGCUGUACAUGUUAAUAUUAGUGGUGUGCAUAAGCAGCACCCCUGUAUCAACUGUGGCAAGGUCUUCUCUCAGAAACUUCAUUUACAGCGACAUAUCAAGAGUGUUCACUAUGGAAUUAGAGAUAACCUGUGUGCGUUUUGUGGCAAAGGUUUCAUGUUGAAGAGUCAUCUAAUGGAGCACAUAAGAGCUGUACACUUCAAGAUAAAGAACCACGUGUGCUUGUUUUGUGACUGGAAGUUUAACAGAGUGGGUGAUCUGAAUCGUCACGUAAAGACAGUUCACACGAAUGGUAAGAAGCCCAGAAAGAGAAGGUCCCAAACCCAGGACGGGCCUGAUGUAACAAACUCUCGAAACCUGCUGACUGAUAAAAACGAGCAGAAAAUAAUUGACGUCGUGUCGGACGGAUCAGACCAGGACUACUCACACGACUCCUCCUUCUUCGACCAGCCCCUCAGCUCUAAUAAUGACAGUUUAUCGCCGUCAGACCAGGUACCACUGUCCCUGACUGACCGGUACCUCUCUGAUUACAAGAAGAGACUGUUGGAGCUGGAGACUGAUAAAGAGGGGGAUAAGAACGGGAAUAGUGGGUCAGAUGAUUUAGAGAUACAAGAAGAUGAGAUUGUCUUAUUCCCCUCAAAUUAAGAAGAAAGAUAACGAAGGAGAAAACUCGGCGAUCUCCAGAAGAAUUAAUAAAUUUUUUACGAGUGCCAACUCAAAAUCAGUAAUUUAUUAAAUCGUACCUUUUUACAGAAAAGGGCGGAAAUUUUUUAUAAAAACUUCUUAAGAAGGACAAUUCAAGUAGUACUGAGAAGUAUGUACGUUUAUUAUCGGGAACAGAAUUAGAUUUAAAAUAUUACGUUAAAGAAUCUCUUAAAGUUUUGAUUAUUCUGACAGCAGUUUAACACAAAACCCAAUUUGGCGAGACCACCUCCCAAUAUUAUUGAUAAUCUGGCGGUGCAGGAAAACUGCUGUCAGAAAUAUUAUCUAUGUAAGUGUAGGUCAGUGUACGCUGAUGUUGAUUUAUUUUACUCUUUUAAAUUAGAGAUUUAUUAAGUGUAGCUGGUGUUUUUAACGGAUAAUUGUGAUAACACGAGAUCAACAAGUUCAAUGUGAGACGGAUUGUCAAAUCGUAAAAUAGUUUUAGAAAUAAUAUAUUGCACUUAUAACUUAUAACGUAUCAUAAACUUUUCGGAUUAUUUUAUUUCCGGGGAUUUUUGAUAACUUUUCCGGAAGCUCACUUGCUAGAUGUAAGGAAAUCUACGGUCCCUUUACUGUGUGACUUUCUGACUCACAUUGGAUUUGGUUUAUGAGCAUCAAAGAAGUUCAGAUUAAGAAAGUUAGAAAG